UUUAAUAAGUUUGGAUUCAUGGCUGGUUGUGGUUUAUUCCUUGAAGGUUUGCAGGAAGGUUAUGGUCUUGCAACUUUAUUUCUCAGCUUGCGAAUGCUCUAAUAAUUGAGGGAGACUAUCAGGGGUCAAUUUCCACUUUGCAACAAGGACUAAAUUGUGCAUUGGAGAUGUGUUAUCCAGAGUUACAGAUGUUUUUCGCUACUUCAAUCUUGCACGUGCGAGUUGUACAGUGGGAUAGCACAAGUCUGGUAGAGGAAUCUGUUAACAGAUGCCAUGUGAUAUGGGAAUCUAUUGAGCAAGAUAAAGUAAGCCAAAAUCUUUAUUUAUUCUCUUGCUUUGCUGCUCUUUUUCUUAGUAAGUCCAUGUCAAUUCAACUCAUCAAAUGUUACUGAACAUCUACAAUGUUU